AGAGAGCUUGUCUCUCUUCUCAUCUAGAGAGCUUGUCUGUCUUCUUCCCCACUCUCUUGACUUCCUCUUGUAGGCUUCGAUUGAGUUGGAGGGGCGUGAGGUGGAUGGCGGCGAAGAUUUUAGGAAUGUCCCCAUUUUUAUUGGGGAUUACUACGGUUUUGAUGGCCCUCAUCGCUGUUCUUCUCAUCAGAUUUUCACCUAAACCCGAUUCUCAGUCCCCCCAGAGACUGUUCACUGUCGAGGAAUUGGCCUUGUACAAUGGGAGUGAUGAAGGGUUACCCAUCCUUUUAGGAAUUCUUGGAUCUGUGUUUGAUGUAACAAAAGGCAAAUCUCAUUACGGUCCGGGAGGGGGUUACAAUCAUUUUGCUGGAAGAGACGCUUCUCGUGCAUUUGUUUCAGGAAACUUUACAGGAGAUGGACUCACAGACUCAUUGCAUGGAUUAUCCAGCACUGAGGUGAAGAGUGUUGUUGGAUGGCGGGAUUUCUACUUUAGAAGCUACACAUUUAUUGGCAAGCUAGUAGGUCGUUAUUAUGAUAGCCAAGGAAAUUCCACAAAAUAUUUGAAAGGAGUUGAAGCAAAGGCUGCAAGAGGUGCACAGCUUUUGGAGAAGCAGAAGAUUGAAGAAGCUAAACUGCCUAGUUGCAAUUCAAGGUGGAGCCAAGAUGAUGGUGGAGAGGUUUGGUGUGAUGUUGGUGUCCCAAGGUUAAUUCAGAGGCCUCUGGAAAUUGCUUUGACUGGAAAGAUGAGUAAGCGCUGUGCUUGCUUUAAAGAAGAUCAACUUGACCAGCCAGGUUUGGAAGUUUAUGAUGGAUGUGACUUCCUUGCCAAGACUUGCCGUGUUUAAGUUAGAUUGUAUUAGUCCUGCCUGUAGAACUAAGUUAAAUCUUCCCGAAUGUGUUGAAAACAGGCUUUUCAUAUGUAAUUUUCAACUCAUAAAGAAGGUGAAAAGUAUCAAAGAUCUAAAAGUUAUGGGUGGGAUUGUAUAUGAUUCUUAAACCACAUUUGAAGCUUUGUAACUAUACAUGUACCUUUUAUUUAUCUUUGAAUCAGUAUAUGCCUCGUUUACUUACUAUA